AUGAAAAACGCGUUUAAACUUUCGCUUAUUGGUUUUGUUAUGCUCACAAUUCUUCUGUUCGGAGAAAUGGUGAUUGCUCAGAAAGGAAAACCAUGUUAUUCAAAGAAAAUGGGAACAUGUGAAACCAAGAGCUGCAAAGCUUACUGUGUCAAAAAGCAUAAAAAAGAUCUUUUUAGUACAUGCAUUACAGAAAAAGACGGGACAACGUAUUGCCGAUGUCAAUAUCCUUGCCCUCCCUAAUUUUUUAUCUACACUAAAACUCAAAUAAUAAUUUUAAUAAUACAACGGCUUUGUCAAAUAAAUGAAUAAAACUUUUAAUAAAUUUGUGUUGGUGUUUUUGGCGUAGUAAGGUGUAUUAUGUUACUGACAAAGAAUUAAUAUGUGUGUCUUCCCUUUUUAUUUUUUGUACUGUUGCUUAAAUUCACAUAAAAUUAAUUAGAAUCAAUGUUAAUUUCAUCCAAAAUUGAAAUAAAAAUGGUAAAAACUUAAUUUA